AUGUCCACAGUGUUUCGACCGAAAGCGGAGAACUGGUGCAUUUCGAAAUGUGACGUCGAGAAAGUUCAUUUUGAGUGGAACAUUCAACAGUGGUUGCUCGUAACUUCCGAGGGUCAAGAUGAUUUAUCCGUGCAAUUUCAAGAGAAGAAAAGACCCUCUGUGAUUUGGUGUUUGACACUCCACAAUAGAAAAGGUCACGUCACUCUUGGUGUGUCCCAGCCGUCCCGUCAUUACACAGACCAAUCCUACCGAGUGGAGAUGACAAUUCUGAAUGAAAAAGGAGGAAAGGUUUGGUUCCAGAAAGUUAUCGUGCCGAAGAAAUUUGAUGGGAUUUAUGAAUUUAUGAAGAUUGACAAACUUCUGAUGGAAUACCAGUACAUGUUAUCGGACGGCAGUGUAACCGUUGGUUGUGAGAUUGAGUAUAUAACUAAGGAAGAAUCGGUAUCGGAUAAGGGCAUUACUCAUUGCGCUCAGUCAGCAUCAAUUAAUUGCACCAAUCAAUUGGUUACCCAGCAGGAACGAUUAUUUGAAGACAAUUCAGCGACGUCACUCUUAACGUCCAUGGGCGCCAAUUUCAAGCUCACAAAUGAAAAUAUCACAAAUCAAGUUGUGAUUGAAGACAUUCAACCUGAAGUAUUUUACCAACUCCUUCGUUUCAUUUACACCGGCCGCUUGACUUCAACCACCAUGGAAACAAUGGCUGCCAGACUGUUUGCGGCUGCCGACAAAUAUUUGCUGGAUCAACUGAAAUCCGAAUGCGAGUCUCAUUUGCUUCGUCAAAUGUCGGCCGAGAAUUGCAUGGAAUUGCUUCUGCUCAGCAGCGACCAGAUCCACCCAGCGGAUAAUUUGAAGACAAAGGCAGUGGAUUUCUUCCGGCGUUAUCCACGUGAAGUGAUGGCGACCGAAGGAUGGAAAAAGGCGAGACAAGAACAUCCCAAUCAUUCUAUUUGGAAUUUGUUGUAA